GGGUCUUGUUUCAGUUGUUGGACUCUAGUCAUCGCCCGAGGCAGAUGACCACUGUCCUGAGAGCGUGGGUGAGGGGCAGGUCUCUGCCUCUUUCCCAGAAGAACCAAAAAUGACCAAGUCCCUGGGAUCAGUGUCAUUGAAGGAUGUAACUGUGGACUUCAGCAGGGAGGAGUGGCAGCGAUUAGACCUCGCUCAGAAAAGCCUGUACAGGGAUGUGAUGCUGGAAAACUAUUUCAACUUGAUCUCAGUGGGGUGUCAAGUUCCCAAACCAGAGGUCAUCUUCAACUUGGAGCAAGGAGAACAGCCAUGUGUAUUGGAUGGUGGACCCUCCAGUCAGGGCUGUCCAGAUUGGAAUAUUGGUUUUGAAACUUCACAACAGGGAAUGUCUGAAGAAGGUUCUUUCCAGUCUGAGAGAAUUAAUAUCUUCACAAGAGAUGACCCAUAUUCCAUUUUAGAAGAAUUGUGGAAAGAUGGUGAACAGACAGGGAGAUAUGAGGAAAAGCAGCUCAAACCUUUCAGUCAUGUUGCCUUCAUCAACAGAGAAACACUAGCUAAUGAGACGGGCUGUGAGUAUAAGGACACUGGAAGAACAGUUCAUGUAAACACACACCUCGUUGCUUCGAGAAAAGGACUUCAUAACUAUGACUCAUUUGGGAAGAGUUUGAAGCCCAUCAUAAGCUUAUGUAAUGAUAAUAGAGACAAUGCAACAAAAAAUCUUGGUAAGAUGAUCAGAUACAGUGAUAUUUUUACUCAUGUGAAUUCUCAUACAGAAGUGAAUGCUUGUGGAUGUUAUCAGUGUAAGAAACUUAUGCAUCAUAAGCAAGCACAACAUCAAAGUGUCCAUACUGGGGAGAACCUCUGUUUAUUUUCUGACUGUGUAAAAGUUCUCACCCAGAAGUCACAUCUCUUUGCACAUCAGAGUAUUUAUACUGAAGAAAAACAGCAUGAAUGCAGCAAAUGUGAGACAGUCUUCACUCAGAAGCCCCAUGUGGCUGUGCAUCAGAAGGUUUAUAUGGGAGAGAAACCAUACAUAUGCACUGAAUAUGGGAAGUCAAACCAUCAGAAAACUAAUAAUGAGGAGAAUUACUACCAGUGCAGUGAAUAUGGAAGAACCUUUAUCCAGAAGUCAGAUGUGUUCAGAUGCCCGAGAAUCCAUACUGGAGAAAAACCCUAUGAAUACAGUGAAUGUGGGAAAACCUUCCCUCAGAAUUCAAACCUCAACAUACGUAAAAAAAUUCAUACUGGAGAGAAACACUUUGAAUGUACUGAAUGUGGAAAAGCCUUCACGAGGAAGUCAACACUAAGCAUGCAUCAGAAAAUUCAUACAGGAGAAAAACCCUAUGUUUGCACUGAGUGUGGGAAGGCCUUUAUCCGGAAGUCACAUUUUAUUACACAUGAGCGUAUUCAUACUGGAGAGAAACCCUAUGAGUGCAGUGACUGUGGGAAAUCCUUUAUAAAAAAGUCACAACUCCAUGUGCAUCAGCGCAUUCACACAGGAGAGAAUCCCUUUAUAUGUUCAGAAUGUGGGAAGGUCUUUACUCACAAGACAAAUCUCAUCAUACACCAGAAAAUUCAUACUGGAGAGAGACCCUACAUAUGUACUGAAUGUGGGAAGGCCUUUACUGACAGGUCAAAUCUCAUUAAACAUCAAAAAAUUCAUACUGGAGAGAAACCCUAUAAGUGCAGUGACUGUGGAAAAUCAUUCACCUGGAAGUCACGGCUCAGGAUACAUCAGAAAUGUCAUACUGGAGAGAGACAUUAUGAAUGCACUGAAUGCGGGAAAGCCUUCAUUCAGAAAUCCACACUAAGUAUGCACCAGAGAAUCCAUCGAGGAGAAAAGCCCUAUGUUUGCACUGAAUGUGGGAAGGCCUUCUUCCACAAAUCACACUUUAUUACACAUGAGAGAAUUCAUACUGGAGAGAAACCAUAUGAAUGCAGUGACUGUGGGAAAUCCUUCACUAAGAAAUCACAACUCCACGUACAUCAGCAAAUUCACACAGGGGAGAAACCCUAUAGAUGUGCUGAAUGUGGAAAGGCCUUCACUGACAGAUCAAAUCUCUUUACACACCAGAAAAUUCACACUGGAGAGAAACCCUAUAAAUGUGGUGACUGUGGAAAAGCCUUCACUCGGAAGUCAGGCCUCCAUAUACAUCAGCAAUCCCAUACUGGAGAAAGACACUAUGAGUGCAGUAACUGUGGGAAAGCCUUUGCAAGAAAAUCCACACUAAUUAUGCAUCAGAGAAUUCAUACAGGAGAGAAACCCUACAUUUGUACUGAGUGUGGGAAGGCCUUCAUCCAGAAGUCACACUUAAAUAGACAUAGGAGAAUUCAUACGGGAGAGAAACCCUACGAAUGCAGUGACUGUGGCAAGUCUUUCGUUAAGAAGUCCCAACUUCAUGAGCAUCAUCGAAUCCACACUGGAGAGAAACCAUGUAUAUGUGCUCAAUGUGGAAAGGCCUUCACCAUCAGAUCAAAUCUUAUUAAGCACCAGAAAAUACACACUAAACAGAAACCCUAUAAAUGCAAUGACUUUGGAAAAUCGUUAACCUGGAAGCCCCAAUUAAGUAUAUGUCAGGAAUCUGAUAGUGGGGACAUAGUGUGCCCCACGCCACAGUCAUGGUGUGGGGAGUCCAAGAUAUGAGAGGCUGCAGCUUGACUGGGAAGUGGGAGGUAACCAAGGCUGACUUCCUUCUACCUGGACAGAAUUAUGAAUGUCUGGAUCACACAGCUGAUGUCCAGUUACACAUAAGGGGAGAUGCUUUAGAGAAGAUUUCUAAGCAGUGUUUAUUGGUCAUGCUUGGUUACUGGACAGAUACCGGUAUUGUCAGGCCCCCAUAAAUAAUAGUAAAUGUGCAAAGAGGUGACUUGCAACCUUUCUUGUUUCACUUUUUGUGUGAGCAGCUUUAUAAAUUCAGGGCUGUUGACUUUUUUAUGCCCCAGAUAGCAAAACUAUUUUAUUCAAUACUGGCUCAGAAAAUUUCAUAAUGCAUAAAGUGGUGAUAAAAUUUUACAUUGUCUAAGGACACAGAAAUCAAGGCCAAACCUAGGCAAUUCAGGUCUAAAAUGAAAAGAAACCAGAAGAUUUUGUGAAAAUUGACACGAAAGACACAAAAACGGGACUACUUCUUUUCUUUUCUUUGGGAAGUUACAUUACUUACUGGUUUUUGUUUUUGUUUUUGUUUUUGUUUUGACAAGGAGAUCACAACCCUUGGCUCAGUGUCGUCCGCACCGCUCUCAACCAGUGAGCACACUGGCCAUCCCUAUAUAGGAUCCGAACCUGUGGCCUCAGUGCUAUCAGCACUGCAUUCUCCCGAGUGAGCCACGGGGCCAGCCCACUUACUGUUGAUAGUAUUUGUUGAUGCAUACUGUGGCAACAGGUACCCAAGAGCACCUGCUAAAAGUUCUUCCAGCCUGUGUCCCAGAAGUGAUCAGUGAUCUAAGCAGCAGCCCCCAUAACUACUGUCACCUUAGACCUGGCCCUGAGAUCACAAAACUCAGCCACAGGGAGCCAGAUCUGGAUAACAGCACUUUGGAUCAGCUUUGUCCACAGACCUACACAUUUUUACCAAUUCCUAUUUGAAAAAGGGACAAAUUAAGGAAAUGAGUUUCAAAAGCUAGAAUUCUUUCCUUCCAAUUGUGUUAGUACAUUCUCUACAUAUUCAUUACCAUGAGACUUGCAUUUUAGUUUUUCUUAGAAGAUAAAAUAUAGUUGAACAUUUGGAAGAGUGCUUACCCUGUUC